AUGAACGUCCACGAUACGGACUUCACGCAAGGAGCAAAGUCAUUGCCGCAGUCGGCUGAUGAAACGACAGUCUACACUCACUUACGAACCCAAGCGACUUUCCACAUGACUACAAGUCAACUCUACUCCAAGAUCAUUUCGUCACCCUUCCCACCUGCAUCAGAGCUCAUUGAUUUAGAUGAUCGGUUGAUCGGAGGCUGGCUGAAUUCUAUGCCUUCAUUCUUUCAAGAAAACGUCAGUCAAGAACCUAGAUUCCGGCUCUGUCACUCCAUUUUGCAUUGGAGAUAUCGAAACUUCCGCAUAUUCAUGUAUCGGCCCUUCCUUCUCGGUCAGCUCAUGGCACGACCCGGGCAGCGCCCUACUCUGGAUAACCCUGUCAGGGUUGCUGUUCAGCGAUGUCUGGAAUCAAGUCAUGACACUGUGGAGCUAAUUUCUCAAUUUUGGGCACGUGAGCCGCGGACUCUGAUGGCCUGCUGGUAUGGCCUGUACUUCUUGUCACAAGCAGUUCUUAAUCCAGUCCUUUGUCUUCGAAAUUAUCCUCAGCAAUUUCGUGCGAUUGAAUGGGUUGGACAAAUCCAAGAAGCCAUGAGGAUCCUCGAGUCCAUGGCAUCCAUUAAUUGCGGGACCCUUCCAACUGAUGAGUCUCCACAAAUGCAGCUGGUACAGCUCUAUCCCUUGAUGUGGCCAACUCUGGACAUGGCGCAGCUCGGUGGGACGGACUCGGUCUUGUAA